CUGAUGAUCGGUGGGAUGAGGAUGACGGAUAUGAAGGCGAAUAUCAGGCGAAGGACUCAAGAUGGACAUUGGACUCUCCAAAACAAUACGCAACAAUAGGAACAAUGUCGAGCAUUCUCGAAAAGCUUUUCUCUUUGAACGGCCGUACGGCUGUGGUGACUGGAGGCACCAGAGGCAUCGGCCAGGCCAUGGCCGUAUCGCUGGCGGAAGCAGGCUCAGAUAUCAUUCUCAUCCAAGUAAGCGUGGCCCCCCUGAGAUGGACAACAAUAGCACACCGAUGCCUGUUUCUAACACCACAGCAGAGAGACGAAAGCAACACGGAAACUAAGAAGCAAAUCGAGGCAAUCAGCAGGACGGCCACCGUCUACACAGCAGACCUGUCCAACCAAGCCCAAGUAGAAGGCCUGACGCAACGGAUCCUCGCCGACGGCCACGACGUCAGCAUCCUCGUCACCUGCGCCGGCAUUCAGCGCAGACACCCGGCCCACCGGUUCCCCAUGGGCGACUGGGACGAGGUGCUGCAGGUCAACCUCAAGACGGUCUGGACCCUCUGCCGCGACCUGGGCGCCUACAUGCUCACGCGGCCACCCAACCCGGCCACCGGCCACCGCGGCAGCAUCAUCAACGUCGCCUCGCUCGUCAGCUUCCAAGGGGGCAUCACGGUGCCCGCGUACGCGGCGGCCAAGGGCGGCAUCGCGCAGCUCACAAAGGCCCUGAGCAACGAGUGGGCGGGCCAGGGGGUCAACGUCAACGCCGUGGCGCCGGGGUACGUCGCCACGGACAUGAACGAGGCGCUCAUGGGCGACCCCGGGCGCGCGGCGGGCAUCCUGGCGCGGAUCCCCGCGGGCAGAUGGGGCACGCCCGAGGACUUCAAGGGCGCCACGGUGUUCCUCGCGGGGGCGGGGAGUCUGUACGUUUCGGGCGAGCUGCUGACCGUCGACGGGGGCUGGAUGGGCCGGUGA